AUGGCGAGUCACUCAUUUUUCUCUUGCCAGCAAGCGGACAAUUCCCUACACAUUGUUCCUGAUUCAUGUCGAGGAGGAUUCGAUUUCUCCCUUCUCUUCGAAGAGGUAAUUCUCGGUGCUUUGCCUGUGGGCAUAAGUUUAGCCUUUAUACCAUGGCGCAUUUGGCAUCUAUUUCAGCGGUCUCGCAAGGUUGUCCCAUCAAUUCUGGGAUACUCUAAAAUCUUUUUUUGGUGUUCUUUAGCAAUUCUGCAACUCGCAUUGACCAUACAAUGGACGCUCUCAUCAGCCCAACGCACAGAUGCCUCUAUCGGGGUAAAUACGGCCAUGACCAUUGGAUUUUUCCUCCUCGGUCUCCUCUCCUACGCGGAACAUAGCUUCUCGACCACCCCAUCUUUCCUUCUCAGUACAUACCUCUUUGUUACUCUGCUCUUCGACAUUGCAAAAUCGAGAACCCUUUGGCUUCGACAAGUUGGAGGUACUGACGAAAAAAUUGCUAUCCUUACGUCCGUCGUGGUCGUCACAAAACUCCUCCUCCUUCUACUGGAGACAGUGGAGAAAAGGCACAUUCUCCGUUAUGACUACCGAGGAUAUCCACCCGAAGCCACAGCCGGUAUAUUCAACAAGGUUUUCUUUUGGUGGCUGAACCCUUUGUUUCAGCGGGGUUACUUGAAAUCUCUCGCUAUAGAUGACCUCUAUGUCCUUGACAAACAAAUGGUCUCGAAGCGACUGCAUCAAAUCUUGGAAAAUGUUUGGAAGAAAGAGAAACAAAAAGGCCCAAAUACCUUGCUCCUCGCAUCACUCAAGGCGUUCAAAUGGGAGCUUUCUGCAGUAAUUCUCCCACGAGCCCUCCUUGUCGGGUUAAACUUCUGCCAGCCGCUGCUCUUGCACCGAUCUCUCACAUUCUCGACAGAACCAGUCAACAACCACACAAACAAUGUCGGAUACGGGCUCAUUGGGGCUUAUAUCCUUGUAUAUACUGGGAUGGGAAUAACACUCGGUCAGCACCAGCACUUAACGUAUCGUGCCAUCACCAUGGUACGAGGCGCAAUAGUCUCGAUGGUGUACAAAAAGGCGUGCACGUUGAAUCUCAAAGACGCCGACCCCGCGGAAUCAGUUACUCUGAUGAGUGCAGAUAUAGAGCGCAUUGUACAAGGCUGGCAGACCAUGCAUGAAAUUUGGGCGAACGUCAUUGAAAUCUCUUUGGCAAUCUUCCUUCUGGAAAAGCAAUUGGGCAUCGCCUGUGUAGUUCCAGUCGGCGUCUCAAUCGUGGCUCUAGCGGGAUGCUUGGUAGGAAUGGCUUUCGUUGUAGCAAGGCAAGCCCUAUGGCUUCAAGCGAUUGAGAGACGCAUAUCAGCCACGACUUCAAUGCUAGCUUCCAUGAAAGGAAUCAAGAUGCUGGGCCUGCAAUCAUGUCUCAUGGCGUGCGUCCAUGGCUUUCGCAUUGACGAACUACAAAUAUCAAGGAAGUUCCGAAAGAUCUUGGUUUGGAAUAUGGUCUUCGCUUGGCUCACGCGAAUCUUCGCCCCUAUUUUUGCCUUGGGCGCUUUCGUGGCGAUCUCUCAUAAUAAUGGCCACGACUCUGCCUUGAACACAUCAAAAGCGUACACUGCAUUGUCACUCUUUUCCCUCCUAGCAGAUCCAAUUCUGUCCCUUGUGAUGGCCCUAAUGGCGUUUGCCGGGUCUGUUGGCUCCUUUGCACGAAUUCAAGUAUUUUUAGAUAAGGAAAGCCAUCUCGACCCACGAAAUAAAUGCUUGCCUAUUCCUUUGAGCCCCUUCAAAGAAGAAUCAAAAAUAUACUCCCAAAUAAAAGAGUUAGAUGGAGUCGUGAGUGGAUCAGACUCCCAUUGCUCGAAAGGGUCAGCUUCGUCCCUGCUUCACCAGAUGGUCAUGGUUCAAAACUGUUCUUUCAUAUGGGAGAGCAAUAAAGAACCAUCAAUAAAAAAGGCGACCUUCACCAUUCCUUCCGGAAACUUGGCUAUGUUCAUAGGGCCAUCUGGCUGCGGGAAAUCAACCCUACUUAAAGCCGUUCUUGGAGAAGUUCCAUGUCAAAGUGGAACUAUACAGCUGGCAACAGAGAGCAUUGCGUUCUGUGAUGAAACACCGUGGCAUAUGAAUGGGUCGAUUCAAGACUGUAUUGUGGCCAUGUCCCCAUUUGAUAGCAUGUGGUAUGCCACUGUGGUCAACGCCUGUGCUCUUUCCACGGAUUUUGAGCAAUUACCGCGUGGAGAUCAAACACACAUCGGAAGCAAAGGAAUUUCCCUCAGCGGUGGCCAAAGUCAACGAAUCGCAAUCGCACGAGCCGUUUAUGCACGAAAGGAACUUGUCGUCUUUGACGACGUCUUUAGUAGCCUUGAUGCAGAAACGGAGAACCAUAUAUUCCAACACUUGCUGGGUGAACAUGGUCUUUUGCGUUCAAUCAGCGCAACAGUAUUGCUCGCAUCAUCAUCUGUAAAACGGGUCCCUUUUGCGGACCAUCUCGUCGUCCUUGACAAAGACGGCCAUAUAAUUGAACAGGGAAGCUUUUCAGCUCUUGACGCAUCAGGAGGCUAUGUUGCAAGCCUUGGCCUGAAUUCCCCUGAACCAGACAUCAACAUCCACAACCCGCCCAACUUAUCGGGAUCUUCCAUAGCCCAGUUCCAUUCGGUAAAUGAAAGCAUAGAGGAAGAGACAGAGAAUUAUAGGGGUAAUGGCGAUAUUUCAGUAUAUUUAUAUUAUAUUCGAUCUAUCGGAUGGCUCUCUACUAUAUUCUUUUGUGUAUCCAUUUCAGGCUUCAUAUUUUGCAUUUCUUUUCCAAGCAUUUGGGUGAAAUGGUGGGCCAGCUCCAACGAAGCCAAUCCAGGAAAGCACACUGGAUAUUACGUGGGAAUAUAUGCAAUGCUAGGGGUAGUUGGGAUGUUGUCUCUGAUUGCAGGCGCAUGGCAAAUGAUAAUCAGAAUGGUACCGAAGUCAGGUGAAGCGUUUCACAGAACGCUUUUGAGGACAGUCCUAAGUGCCCCCAUGCUAUUCUUUUCUACUACAGACAGUGGAUCUAUCCUCAACAGAUUCAGCCAGGAUUUGCAGCUUAUUGAUAUGGAGCUUCCAAUUGCUGCUAUAAACACAUUUGCGACCCUCGUUCUCUGCCUCUGCCAAAUGAUUUUGAUGGGGAUUGCCUCCAAAUACGCAGCCAUCUCCUUUCCUCUAGUCAUUCUGGUUGUCUACACGGUACAAAAAAUCUACCUCCGGACAUCAAGGCAGCUACGAUUCUUGGAUCUUGAAGCUAAAGCUCCGCUGUUCUCUCAUUUUACCGAUUCCCUCAGCGGGCUGGUAACAUUACGAGCAUUCGGGUGGCAGCACAGGCUACAAGAAAAACACUACCAGCUUCUCGACCGCUCUCAGCGGCCAUUCUACCUCCUCUACGCUGUCCAGCGCUGGCUUACAUUGACCCUAGAUCUGGUAGUGGCCGGCAUCGCAGUGCUACUUAUCAUCCUGGUCGUCACAUUACGCGGUAAGAUCAGCGCAGGCUACGUCGGAGUAGCACUAUUGAACGUCAUCAUGUUCAGUCAAAGCAUCAAGCUCCUCGUGACUUCCUGGACUAAUCUCGAAACCCAUAUCGGCUCAAUCCAACGAGUCAAGUCAUUUACCGAGACUGUCUCCUCGGAGGAUCUUCCCGGAGAGAAUGAUCAAGUUCCACCAGACUGGCCAGCCAAAGGACACAUUGAGUUCAAAUCCGUAUCCGCAGAAUACAAAGAAUCCGAACCCGUUCUCAAAAACAUCACAUUAUCCAUCCAAGAAGGCGAAAAAAUGGGCAUCUGCGGUCGAACAGGAAGCGGCAAAACAUCGCUCAUAAUGAGCCUAUUCCGCAUGAUCGAGCUGCGCACAGGCACCAUCACAAUUGACGGAAUCGACCUAACCACCCUCCCCCGUCAGGAAAUCCGCUCACGCCUAAACGGCGUCUCGCAAAGCCCUCUCCUGAUCAAGGGCAGCGUUCGCCAAAACCUCGAUCCAACGGGGCAAAACUCGGAUCUUGCCAUUCUCAACGCCCUAAAAGCCGUCCACUUACACGCCAAAGUCCACGAGCUAGGAGGCUUAGACAUCGACGUCGACGACCUGCACCUCUCGCACGGCCAAAAGCAGCUCUUUUGUCUAGCGAGGGCGACUCUUCGGCCUGGGAACAUUCUCGUCCUCGACGAGGCUACCAGCAACGUCGACUCCAAAACUGACGAAAUCAUGCAACGCAUCAUCCGCGAGAAAUUCAGCUCCCACACUAUCCUCACAGUCACACACAAGCUCGACUCCAUCCUCGACUACGAUAAGGUGAUUGUUCUUGAGGCCGGACGGGUCCUCGAAUCCGGUGACCCCUAUGAACUUCUCAUGGACGCAACGUCGCAUUUCACUAAAUUGUACAACGCCAGCCAUGUAAAUGAGGAUCCUAUAUUAGUUUAGUUUUGUCCUUCCUGCCAGGUU